AUGGACUCAUCUGAAUUCCGCUCCGCGGCCCAGGAGGUCGUGGAAGACAUCACGAAAUACUAUGACACAAUCACGUCCCAGCCCAAGGUGCUCCCGUCCGUAACGCCGGGCUACCUCCGCCCCCUCCUCCCGGCGUCCGCCCCCGAGGCCCCGGAGCCGUGGUCCGCCAUCCACGCCGACCUCCAAGCCCACAUCGUGCCGGGCAUCACCCACUGGCAGUCCCCCUCCUUCCACGCCUUCUUCCCCUGCUCCUCCUCCUACCCAGCCAUGCUCGCGGAGCUCUACUCCAACGCCUUCAACGGCGCCCACUUCAACUGGAUCUGCUCCCCGGCCGUCACCGAGCUCGAGACCAUCGUCCUCGACUGGCUCGCCCAGCUGCUCGCCCUGCCCCCCGCCUACCUCUCCACCGCGCCCACCCGCGGCGGCGGCGUCCUCCACGGCACCGCCUCCGAGGCCAUCCUCACCGUCAUGGUCGCCGCUCGCGACAAGUUCCUCCGCCAGGCCACCGCCCACCUGCCCGAGGACUCGGAGGAGAAGGAGGAGGAGACCUGGCGCCUGCGCUCCAAACUCGUCGCCCUCGGCUCCGAGGCCGCCCACUCUUCCACCAAGAAGGCCGCCCAGAUCCUCGGCGUCCGCUUCGCCACCGUGCCCGCCCCCGCAUCCGCCGGCUACGCCAUGUCCGGCCCCGCCCUCCAAUCCACCGUCGCCGCCCUCCGCGCAAAGGGCCUCGAGCCCUUCUACCUCACCGCCACCCUCGGCACCACCGACACCUGCGCCAUCGACGACUUCCCCGGCAUCAGCGAGGCCCUCUCCUCCGACAGCGACAAGAUCUGGGUCCACGUCGACGCCGCCUACGCCGGCUCCGCCCUCAUCCUGCCCGAGCACCAGCACCUCACCCCACCCCUGGCCUCCUUCCACUCCUUCAACAUCAACCCGCACAAGUGGAUGCUCACAAACUUUGACUGCUCCGCCCUCUGGGUCCGCGACCGCGCCUGGCUCGUCGAGAGCCUGAGCAUCAAGCCCGCCUACCUGCGCAACCAGUUCUCCGAGGCCGGCCUCGUCACCGACUACCGUGACUGGCAGAUCCCCCUCGGCCGCCGCUUCCGCUCCCUCAAGCUGUGGUUCGUCCUGCGCGCCUACGGCGCCAGCGGCAUCCGCGCCCACCUGACGCGCGGCAUCUCCAUGGGCGAGCGCUUCGCCGAGAUGCUCAAGGCCCGCGCCGACCUGUUCGAGAUCGUCACCGGCCCGCGGUUCGCGCUGGUCGUGUUCACAUGCGGCAAGCAGGGCGCGAGCACUGAAGAGAGAAACAAGGUCACCGAGGCGGUGCUGGAGGGCAUCAACGGCAAGGGCGAGAUUUACCUCACGCCCACGGUGCUGCACGGCACGUACGCUAUCAGGAUGUGCACCGGCAGCAGCCAGGUCAUCGAGGAGGAGCAUGUGAAGAAGGCGUUUGACAUUUUGGUCGCUGCGACCGAGGCUGAGUUGGCAAAAUAG